GUAUUUCCCCUCCCGGCAGCCCGGCCCCAUUGCGGUUCCUCUCCUGUACCCCAAUCGGAGCACGGGGGCAUUUCCCCUCGGUGCGCCCCCACCUCAUUGCGUUUCUCCUCCAUCCCGAUCCGGGUGCAUUUCCUCUCCUGCAUCCCCAUCGUGAUGCAAUUCCCCCGAUGCAGUUCGACCUAGUUGCAUUCCCCCACUCAGUACCCCAAUCCAGCAGCAUAUCCCCUCGCUGGGGUCUGAGCCCCUUGGAUUUCUCCUGUGAUCCAGGAUUACGCAUCCAUGAAUAUCUGUACUUCCAAGUGCUGAGCCCCGGAGACAUCCGCUACAUCUUCACUGCCACCCCAGCCAAGGAUUUCGGUGGCGUGUUUAACACAAGGUACGACCAGAUCCACCUGGUGCCAGCGGAUCCUCCGGAGGCCUGUGGAGAGCUCAACAAUGGGGUCUUCAUCCAGGACCAGAUCGCCUUGGUGGAGAGGGGGGGCUGCUCGUUCCUGUCCAAGACACGAGUGAUCCAGGAGCACGGUGGGCGGGCCGUCAUCAUCGCCGACAACGCCUAUGACAACGACAGCUUCUACAUCGAGAUGAUCCAGGACAGCUCCCGGCGCACGGCCGACAUCCCCGCGCUCUUCCUGCUGGGCAGGGACGGGUACGUGCCGGGCUGCCAUCCCGGGUGGGACAGCUCUCCCUGCUGGGCAGGGACGGGUACAUGAUCAGGCGCUCCCUGGAGCAACACGGGCUCCCCUGGGCCGUCAUCUCCAUUCCUGUCAACGUCACCAGCAUUCCCACCUACGAGAUGAUGCAGCCCCCCUGGACCUUCUGGUAGCAGCAGAAGGCUGUGGCAGAUCAAGGACUUCCUGGUGCAUCCCAGGAUCUUGCCCUAAGGACCAGGUUUGAGGAAAGGAUCCCAACAUGCUCCAGAGAACCCACUGGAUUCAGCCACAGGGAAUCUUUCUGCUGGCACCGGUGUGUGGCCAAGGGCAAACACCAGUGCCAGGGGAAACCUUGAGCCUGGCUCCAAGCUGUGACUGUGUGGGAGGGAGGUGAGGGCCCAGAGCAGGCCAGCACUUCCCUGGAAACAUUUGACCUUGUGCUGCUGAUUUGGAGGGAUGCAGGACUGGCAGGGAUGGGGGGAGAGCGAUACAGGCUUGGUCUGUACCAGCAGGGCUCACCUGAUGUCUGUAUAUUUUUGUCUGAGCUAACUUAUUCUAAAACUGAGUAAGUUUUAGAGAA